CUAGGUGAAGCCGGGCUACUAUUGGUCAGUUCUCCUCCCGGGAGGCGGAGCUUGACUCCUGUGGACGUCUGCGGGAAGUGGGAGAGUGCACCUUCCGGUACCGCAGGUCCUGAGCCGGCUGUCAAGCAGGUCUUCUGUCCCUAACACCUGGAACACAAUGCACGGACGGAUUAAAGUGAAGACUACUUUGGAGCAACAGGAGGCUAAGCGUAAGGAGAGAGAGAAAAAAUUACAACUCUAUGUUAGUGCCACCCAGGCUGCGCUGAAUAAGCGAGAAGCCGGACAGUUGGAUAAAGAAGCACUAGAAAUAACAGCUCAGAUAUUGACGCUAAACCCAGAUUUUGCCUCAUUAUGGAACUUAAGAAGAGAAGUUUUUCUUGCACUUGGUGCUGACAGGUCAGAUGAAGAGAUGCGAUCCCUGUACUUGGCAGAGCUCUUCUUUCUAGAGAGCUGUCUACGUGUCAACCCAAAAUCUUAUGGCACAUGGUAUCAUCGUUGUUGGGUCAUGCAGCAUAUGCCAGAACCAGACUGGUCAAGGGAGCUUACACUUUGUAAUCGAUUUUUGGAAAUUGAUGAAAGGAACUUUCAUUGCUGGGAUUACAGAAGAUUUGUUACUCAGUCAUUUCAUGUUCCACAUGCCGAUGAGCUGGAGUUUACUAGCAGCCUUAUCACCAAAAAUUUCUCCAAUUACUCGUCUUGGCAUUAUCGGAGCAAGCUUCUUCCCCAGAUUCAUCCAGACCCACAGCAUCUAGGCCGAGCGACUGAAAAAGUGUUACUAUCAGAACUAGAACUGGUACAGAAUGCAUUCUUUACAGACCCAAAUGAUCAGAGUGCCUGGUUUUACAAUCGGUGGCUUCUUGGAAGAGCUGAUCUCCCUAUUUCUAUCCGAUGUAUCUCUGUUGAUGUACCUGGUGCCUGGAUAUCAGUAACUUUUUCUCAACCAGUUUUAGUAAACAGCGAUCUGAUUCUGAUUAUUGAUGAAAAACCAAUAAUGAUCACAUGGAAAACACCAGAUGGAAGACAGAAGCCAAGUUUACUCUGGAUAUGUAAAUAUGCCAAGGAGCGUCUCAGUGACCAUUGUCAGCAUAACUUCAAAGUUAUCUGGAAAGAUGGGGAAGCUCAAAAAGAGUGUGUGUUAUAUCCAGGAAAACGGAGUACAUGGGUCCGAGAUUCUGCUUCAGAGGAUAAGAUCUUCAGUUUGGAGCUCUCAGAGGGAAAGAGCAAUGUAUUGCAGCAAGAAUUACAGUCUUGCAAGGAGCUGCAGGAGCUGGAACCUGAAAAUAAGUGGUGCCUACUGACUAUAAUUCUCUUAAUGCGUGCCCUGGAUCCGUUACUUUAUGAGAAGGAGUCUCUCCCUUAUUUCAAUACUCUCAAGGUUGUGGACCCUAUGCGUUCCGGUUUCUAUGAUGACCUGCGCAGCAAGUUCCACAUGGAAAAUGCCAUUUUAAAAAUGGAAUAUGCAGAUUCAAAUGUGAUCAUUGUUUCAAAUAAGGAUCUGACAAGAUUGUAUCACCUAGACCACUUGCUAUUGGUCAGUCAUUUGUGUCUGUCGAAUAAUAAGCUUCGUACUCUUCCCAGUGACUUAUCCAUGUUACGACAUAUUGAGGUGCUUGAAGUGGACAAUAAUGAAAUUUCACAUCUAGAAGGAGUGUGGAAUUUGCCGAAGCUUGAAGAGCUGUCUUUGCAGUUUAAUAAAAUAGAGAAUGUUUUGACCCUCCAACCUCUUUGUAGCUGUCCUCGACUAUCAGUCCUGCGUUUACAAGGAAACCCCAUCUGUGAAAUAGCAGAUAACCAAGAUCAGCUGAGAGCUCUUCUACCACAUGUGGCCCUUAUUGAGAUGUGACCUAUUUAUUAUGCCAGUUAUUAAUGUCACAAUAUAAAUAAACUAUUUCUGUUGUCAUUUUUGGCUUUUACGUUGAU